UCGCGCAGCGAACCAGUGUCUACACGGCCAUACGCAGAACUGCAGCGAUGCGAGACCUUGCUCACCAAGACGAUUCCAUUGCUUUUCAGACUGUCAACCAGACCAAUGAAUACCAUCAGGAUCGAGAGGUUGUACCAGCUUUCGAGGACAUCAUGGAUGUCAUUGGUUCUAGAGGAAAGUUCCAGAAGAGAUUAAACACUGUUUUCAUUUGCUAUGGCACAAUCGUCAGUGUGCUGAGCUCGCAAAUGUUCAAUUUCGUUAUGCAAACUCCUGAUCACUGGUGUCACGUCCCUGGGAGAGAGUUCACCAACUUAACUCUUGAUGAGUGGAAGAGCGCCACUAUCCCCAAGGAAGGUGGGACAUUCAGCAAGUGCCUGAUGUACAACGGAAGCGCCCUGGACGGUGCUUCCGAGGUGCCCUGCCAGCACGGCUGGGAGUACGACGAUACGUGGUACCCUCUGACGGUGCCGUCAGAGAUGAACUGGGUCUGCGACGACAUGCACAUUGUCAGUGACGUCAUGUUCUAUGCACAGAACAUUGGAGCAGUCCUGGGACUGCUGUUCGGCUACAUGGGUGACAUGUACGGACGUCGCCCGCUGCAGUUGGCCUGCGUGGUGAUGCAUGUCGUCAGCAGGGUGGCGAUGCUGUUCACUCCGUCUCUGCUCCCGCUGUUCGUCGUGGCGGAGUCGCUGGUGGGGGGCGCUGCAGGCGUCAUGCUGGAGUCGGCGGUAUCUGUAGGGACGGAAUUGACGGAUAUCAGAAACCGCUCUUGUAUCAAUUGCAUGGCAUGCAUUGGUAUACCUAUAGGAUUGGUGUCCACCUGCUUAUGUGUUCAGAUGUUUCCCAGCUGGAAGCACUCCUUGCUUUUUGCAGUCCUGUGCUGCCUUAUAUUACUACUCUUCUGCAGGUGGUUCCCCGAGUCGCCGCGCUGGCUGACGUGCAGGGGGCGCGAGGAGGAGGCGCUGAGCGUUCUGCGGCGGAUCGCCGCCACCAACGGCUCCAGCCUGCCGCCGUUCACCCUGCAGGUGCUGCACCGCGUGGCCAAGGCCAAGCGGGACCGCGUCGGCUACCUGGCCAUCUUCUCCAGCUGGAACCUCUUCAAGAACACCCUCCUGCUCGCCAUAGCCAGUGAUCCGAACUGA